AUGUUCAAGCUCUCCGCCUCCGCCGUCCUCGUCGCCCUUGCCGGCUACGCUCUCGCCCAGGAGUCCCACCAAAUCGCCAUCACGAACAACUGCGGCUCCGGCAACCCCGUCUUCAUCUACGAGGCGAACGGCACCCCGCAGGGCCCGACGACGAUCAACGGCCAGGUGCUCGGCGGGAUCGCCUGGAUCGACGGGUUCGCGGGCGCGAACUGCCAGAACUCGGGCGUGAACUGCGGGGCCGUCGAGUUCACCCUGCGCAACGACGCGCCGAACCAGAACGCGGCGGACUUUACGCUCGAGCCGCAGCCCGAGAACGGGAACCACCAGUUCACGUACCCCAUGUCGUUCAGCUACAUUGGAGGCGGCGCUUGCGCUGGCAUCAGCGACAACUGCCCGUCUGCGGGCGCGUGCCCCGACGCGUUCACCGACCCUACCAACGGCACUCCCAAGCAGUGCGUCGGCACCAACGCUGGAAUUCAAAUCACUUUCUGCUAA